ACACAGAGACCAGCAGGACUCCAGCCACUGACCUGACUCCUCCUCAGGCACCUCUACCCGACUCUCCAGGAUUUUGUUUUACCCAACUCUACUCAUUGCUGCUCGGCAAACCCAAGACUCACAGCCUCCAGACUUUGCACAGCCUCACUGGUCACUGGCCCUGCCUCCAUUUCAGCUCGGACAGUCUCAGCGUUGGUCCAAGGAUGCCAGUGAAGUAUGAAGACCUCCAGUCCUUGGAGAGUGAGAAGAAAAGCUGGGGGAUUAAAAAUAGGCUGCCUCCUCCCUCAGCCUUCCUGCAGCAUCUCUGCUUUGGACCCUUCCCCCUUCUGAUCUCUCUGGGCCUCGUCUUUCUCCUGAUGUCUGGUAUCUGCGUGAUUGGGUCCAAAAAUGCCAAUAUGCGGAGGGACCUGGAGACCCUGAGAGCAUCUUUCAGCAACUUCACUUCCAACACGGUGGCUGAGGUCCAGGCACUGCACUCCCAGGGUGGCAGUUUGCAAGCAACAAUAACAUCUCUGAAAGCUGUGGUGGAAAACCAGGAGCAGCAACUGCAAGCAGCCCGUAGCUUGAAUGACAAGGUGUUUUCUCUGGAGAGCAAGCUGGAGAAAGAGCAGCAGGAACUCCAAGCAGGUUAUUCUGAAAUGCUCCUGAGAGUCCAGCAACUGGUCAAAGACGUGCACACCCUGCAUUGUCAGAUGGCUGUGCUCAAGAGCAAUGACUCUCAAAAUGCCUGCUGCCCCAUCGGCUGGCUGGAGUAUGAAGGCAGCUGCUACUGGUUUUCUCGCUCUCGAUCCACCUGGCCGCAGGCUGAGCAGUCCUGCCAGCUGCAGAACGCCCACCUGGUCGUCAUCAACUCCAGAGAGGAGCAGAACUUCAUUGCACAGCACUCGAAUCCCUUUCACACCUGGAUAGGUCUCAUUGAGAGUGGUGGCUCCUGGAAGUGGUUGGACGGCACAGACUAUGGGAACAGCUACAAGAACUGGGGUGUCGGUCAACCAAAUAACUGGAAGGGGCACAAAGACGAUGUAGAUGAAGACUGUGCCGAAAUCCGGGAGGAUGGGCACUGGAAUGACGAUUACUGCCUGCGGGUGCAACAGUGGGCGUGUGAGAUGACACUCAACAUCACCGGCUAGGAGCCCUGACCCCAGCAGAUCUCCACCUGCACCCCACCCCCACCCUGCUCCCAGCUUCUCUCCUGGGGAUUUGGAAGAAAGGAAGAAUAGUCAGAGGCAUG